AGUCUCUCCACCAAUCAGACGGUCACCAAAAACGAUUCAAAAGUUCUUUGUCUAAGCCUAUAUCAUUUCAACCUGAAAACUUGAAAUCAUAUUUUCGUAUUGGAACAUUCACAUCACUACGUACGAACAUCAGUCAUUUUCAUCGAACAAUGUCUUCUGAAAAAGCCUGUUGCACUCUUCCUCCUGCUGAAGCGGAGUAUACUCCUAAAGGGUCAUACGAAACUCUCGCAGGGUUGAAAACAUAUGUCGUCGGUCCUGAUUUAGAUAAAGCGAAAGGAGCCGUAUUGUGCGUUUACGACAUUUUCGGUUUCUCCCCUCAGAUCUUGCAAGGAGCAGACUUGCUUUCCGCAGGUGGAUUCAAAGUAUACAUGCCUGAUUUCUGUGCUGGAGAAUAUGCCACGGCAGAAAUGUUCAGUGGUACUCCAGAGGGAAACGCACAAAAAGCAAAAUACUUUGGUGGUUUUCCCGGAAGAGUAGAUUCUCAAUCCAAGCCCGUCGCCGACACUGUCAAAGCUCUUAAAGAAUUAGGGUUCAAAAGUAUCGGAGGAGUGGGUUAUUGUUGGGGUUACAAAUGUUUGGUCGUAAGUGAAGGAGCUGGAUUGUUCCAUGCUAUUGUCGGAGCUCAUCCUUCAUUCGCAGCGGUGACUGAUGCCGACCCAAUUUCUUCUCCUCUCUUACUUCUUCCGAGUCAGGCGGAGGAUAUCGAAGUGAUGAACGCCAUUGCUGAAUCUGUCAACGCUAGACUUCCUGGUAAAGCCUCUGUUAAAGCUUACCCAGAAUCAGUACAUGGUUUCGCUGCUGCUCGUGCUAACUUGCACAACGAAGUGGAAAAGGCCAAGUUCCACGAAGCAUAUACCGACAUGGUGGACUUUUUCUGUGCCAAUCUCUGAUUCUGGCUCAGAUUAUCAUAUGGCAGAGUAACAUCUAAAUAGAGUACCAUGAGACCAGAAGGAAAGAGAAAUAGGGUACAUGCAUAGAUAGAGGGGUAU